CUGUCAGCCAUGUUGUUGGUGUGACACUACAGCAACAGGUACAGCACGGAUAACACUUCCCUUCAUUUCUGAGGUUAAACGUCCUCACUCCUGCCGGAUAGGACUUGUCUACGUUAUUACGUUUCGCUUGUACUGGGUUUAAAAGGCGACACGAAUCUAACAUUUUGUUUUCUUCACAAAAAAGAUGGCUGAGAGCUAGCCAGGCGCAGUCAGGACCAGGAUGGCUCAGUUUCCCACAGCCAUGAAUGGUGGUCCUAACAUGUGGGCCAUCACUCCAGAGGAGAGGUCGAAGCAUGACAAGCAGUUUAACAGUAUACAGCCUGUAAUGGGCUUUGUAACAGGAGAUCAAGCUCGGAGGUUCUUUCUGCAGUCUGGGCUUCCUGCACCAGUGCUGGCUGAGAUCUGGGCCCUUGCAGAUAUGAACAAUGAUGGGAAGAUGGACCAGCAGGAAUUCUCAAUAGCCAUGAAGCUGAUCAAGCUGAAACUGCACGGUCAGCUUCUGCCCUCCACACUCCCUUCAGUAAUGAAGCAGCAGCCAGUACCAUCCCCGCUCAUGUCCUCACGCUUCGGAAUGGGAAGCAUGCCAAACAUCUCCAUCCAUCCUACCAUGCCUAUGUACACCCCCUUGGCACCCACCACGUCUAUGACCCCCAUGACCUCACUGCCUCCCUCUGGAAUCUCCACCCCCAUGGUGCCUUCAACCAGCACACCGUCAUUGCCUAACGGAAGCAACACAAUCCUCCUUCCCCCCUCUAUGCCUCUGUCAUCAACCCUGCCCCAGAUGGGUUCCCUUCCUCAGUCCUCAAUGGGCUUUGGAAGUACAAGAAUGCAAAAGGCACAGUCAUUGAUUGACUUGGGGUCAAGCAGCUCCAAUUCUUCCUCGACAACAUCUCUCACUGGGAACUCUCCCAAAACUGGGUCCGGUGAGUGGGCAGUGCCCCAGCCUUCCAGGCUAAAAUACAGGCAGAUUUUCAAUAGUCUGGACAAAGCUAUGACUGGAUACCUCUCAGGUCCACAAGCCAGAAAUGCCCUUGUCGUGUCAAGUCUUACUCAAACACAACUAGCCACAAUUUGGAACCUCGCUGAUAUUGACAGGGACGGGAAGCUAAAAGCCGAAGAAUUUAUUUUAGCCAUGCAUCUAGUUGACAUGGCUAAAACAGGACAGCCUCUUCCACUAUCUCUGCCUCCAGAUUUCAUACCUCCGUCAUUCAGAGGUGGGAAAUGGGGUGAUACAGUCAAUGGGACAGUCUCCCCAUAUCAGGGAAUUCUGGAAGAACCUUCAGAACCCCAACAGAAGAUAAGCCCCGUAACCUUCGAGGACAAGCGGAAGGAGAACUACCAGCGCGGGAACGCCGAGCUGGAGAAGCGGAGACAGUUGCUGCAGGAGCAGCAGCAGCGGGAGCAGGAACAACGGGCGAGGAAGGCGCAGGAGGAGAGAGAGAGGUGGGAACGGGAGCAGCAGGAGAAGGAGAGAAAGCGUCAGUUAGAACAGGAGCGCAGGAUCGAGAGACAGCGGGAGAUCGAGAGGCAGAAGGAGGAGGAGCGCAGGAAAGAGAUGGAGCGCAGGGAGGCUGCGAAACAGGAGCUUGAACGACAGCGGAAGCAGGAAUGGGAGAGAGCCCGGCGCCAGGAACUGCUGAAUCGGAGAAACAGAGAGCAGGAAGACAUUGUCAGAUUGAAAGCGAAGAAGAAGAGCUUAGAGAUGGAGCUAGAGGCUGUGGGUGACAAACACAAGCAGAUCUCUGGCAGGCUGCAUGAUGUUCAGAACAAGAAGGUGGUCCAGAAAAGCGAACUGGAUCUGAUCAAUCAGAAGCAGGACCGUCGGAUCAUGGAAAUCAAUAACCUGCAGCAGCAGCUUGAGGAUUACCAGAGGAAGCUCAGUAAAUUGGUCCCAGAGCAGCAGAUACUUACUGAAAGACUUAAAAACACAAACCUUAACAAUGUGCAGACUACACCACUCACGACUUUGAUGAGGAGUCGGUCUGAAAAGGAUGUCUCAUGUCGUAUGCUGAAAGAGCAGCUGGAUGCCUUAGAGAAAGAAACAUCGUCAAAGUUGUCGGAAAUGGAAGUUUUUAAUAACGAGCUUAAGUGUGAGGAUUUGGAUGACUCUGUCCUUCAGUGUCUUCUGUCUUUGCUGGGCUGUCUCAGCAACCUCUUCCUCUUAAUUAAGGAGCUUCAGCAGAGUCAAAGCAAACAGCAACGUGAUCUUGAGGAGCUUUACAAGAUCAAAGAGGAGAAACUGCGUGAGAUUGAGAGGCGGAAGGAACAAGAACUUUUGCAAAAAAGGAAGGCAGCGGAUGAAGCCAUCAGAAAAGCAAAACAAGAAAAAGAUAACAUGUGGAGGGAAAAGGUCAAAAGAGAGGAAGAAGAGCGUCAGAAGAGGAUGCAGGAAGAACGAUCUCAGAAGCUACAGAAGGAGGAGGAGCUGGAGGCCGAGGCCAGGCUGCGGGAGACACAGGAAGGGGCGAUGCGGGAGCAAAGGGAGGCCGAGGAAAUGCAGCGCAACACGAAGGAGGAGGAGGAGCGCCGAAGGCAGGCCCAGGCCCGAAGAGAGAAGGAGGAAGAACAUAGGAGGCAGGCCCAGGCGAGGAGAGAGGGCGAAGAGGAGCAGAGGAGGCAGGUCCGGCUUCAGAGAGAGGCUGAGGCGGAGAAGAGGCGACAAGAGCAGCUCAGGAAAGAGGGUGGAGUGAGGCAGUCUCAGAAAGAAGUAGACGAGGCUGAGGAGCGGAGGAGACAGCAGCAGCAGAAUUCGGAGAACUUCGGCAAGCUCAACCAGCAGGAAAAAGUCUGUUCGUUGGUUAAGGAGUUUGACGAGAGAGGCAGCAGGACUAGCCUUUCAGGACACAGGACAUCGGCAGUGUUGGUCACUUACAGAGCGCUUUACCCCUUUGAAGCAAGGAAUCUUGAUGAACUCGCAUUCAGUGCUUCUGAUCUGAUUGAGGUUGACGAGACCACUAUUGGAGGAGAGCCUGGCUGGCUUUAUGGAAGUUUUCAAGGACACACAGGGUGGUUCCCUGCAAACUAUGUGGAAAAAGUAGCUGAAAAGGAAGUACCAUCAGCUUCAAAAACAGCCUUACUUCCACCCACUGUGUCCAAGUCCUCUACCUCACACUCUUCUGGGCCGCUGUCUCCAAGUAAAACAAAAAACGGGGCAGGUUUCCAGCAAAACCAAUCCCUGGCAAGCAUGAGUGGCAGCAUGACUUGGCAAAAAUCUGCCUUUACUCCUACUGUACCCCCUGGAUCAGUAUCACCUGAGCACAGCCAGGGUCAGGUUGUUGAUAAUCUUCAGGCACAAGCACUGUGCUCCUGGACUGCAAAAAAGGAUAACCACUUGAACUUCUCAAAAGAUGACAUCAUCACCGUGCUGGAACAGCAGGACAAUUGGUGGCUCGGGGAACUCCAAGGUUUCAAAGGCUGGUUUCCUAAAUCCUACGUCAAAGUGAUGUCUGGAAACGAGGUGCAGAAUGAUCCAAUUUAUGCCACAGUCAGUAUGGACCCCAGCACAACAGCCCAAGAUGUAGCUGAAGAAUAUGUGGCAAUUUACACCUAUGAGAGUCCAGAACCUGGGGAUUUGACCUUUCAUGAAGGUGAUACCAUCCUGGUCACACAGCGAGAAGGAGAGUGGUGGACAGGAUGUAUUGACAACAGGACAGGGAUCUUUCCUUCCAACUACAUAAAACCAAAGGAGACAGAUGCUUCAAGUAAUGUUGUUCGAAGUGGAGCAUUAAUAAAAAAGCCAGAGAUUGUCCAGGUGACCACAGCAUACACAGCAACAGGCUCCGAGCAGCUCAGCCUGGCCCCUGGGCAGCUCAUUCUCAUCCUCAACAAAAACCCCACUGGCUGGUGGCAAGGAGAGCUUCAGGCAAGAGGGAAAAAACGACAAAAGGGGUGGUUUCCUGGUAGCCAUGUUAAACCUUUGGGUGCAGGCAGUGACAAAACUCCAGCCCCCCCGCCAGCUCCCAUGCCAGUGUGCCAAGUAAUAGCGAAGUAUGACUAUGCAGCCAUGAAGGAAGAUGAACUGAGUUUCUCCAAGGGGCAGCUCAUCAGUGUUCUGAACAAGGAUGAUUUGGAUUGGUGGAAAGGAGAGCUCAAUGGAGCGACAGGUUUCUUUCCUUCAAAUUAUGUCCAGAUGACCACAGAGUCUGAUCCAAGUCAGCAAUGGUGUGCUGACCUGACGAGCCUUGAUACCAUGUCCCCAAUGGAAAGGAAAAGACAAGGAUAUAUCCAUGAGCUCAUUGAGACGGAGGAGCGCUACAUCGAUGACUUACAGCUUGUGGUGGAGGUUUUCCAGAAGCCAAUGACUGAAUCUGGAAAACUCACAGAGUCAGAAACGGGAAUGAUCUUUGUGAACUGGAACGAACUUAUCACGUGCAACACCGAGUUAUUAAAAGCCCUGCGAGAGAGGAAGAAGAUAGAUGGUGAGAAGAUGCCGGUGCAGAUGAUCGGUGACGUUCUGGCCACGGAGCUUUCCCACAUGCAGGCAUACAUCCGCUUCUGCAGCUGUCAGCUGAAUGGAGCCUCCAUACUGCAGCAGAAAACUGACGAGGAUCCGGAGUUUAAGGAUUUCCUCAAGAGACUUGCCACUGACCCUGGCUGUAAAGGAAUGCCUCUUUCCAGUUUCCUCCUGAAACCCAUGCAGAGAAUCACACGCUACCCGCUGAUAAUAAAGAAUAUCCAGGAGAACACUUCAGAGACCCACCCUGAUUACACCUACCUCAAGCAGGCCAUGGAGAGGGCGGAGGAGCUGUGCUCACAGGUCAAUGAGGGGGUGCGCGAGAAGGAGAACUCGGACAGGCUGGAGUGGAUCCAAACACACAUUCAGUGUGAUGGACUAGCUGAGCAGUUAACGUUCAACUCUUUGACCAACUGCCUGGGUCCUCGGAAGCUACUGCACAGUGGCAAGUUGUAUAAAACAAAGAGCAACAAGGAGCUGUAUGGAUUCCUCUUCAAUGACUUUCUUCUGCUCACCUACACAAACAGGCAGUUUAACUUGUUUGGGUCAGACAAGCUUUUCAGUCCUAAAUCCAACUCGCAGUUUAAAAUGUAUAAAACGACAAUAUUUCUAAAUGAAGUCCUUGUGAAGCUACCGACAGACCCCUCCAGCGAUGAGCCGAUCUUCCACAUCUCCCACAUAGACAGAGUCUACACUUUGAAGACCGAAAACAUCAAUGAGAGGACUGCUUGGGUACAGAAGAUUAAAGCUGCGUCAGAACACUUCAUACAAACAGAAAAGAAGAAACGAGAGAAAGCUUACCAAGCACGCUCUAUUAAAGCAACAGGAAUUGGACGACUGCUAGUAAACAUCAUUGAAGGAAUCGAACUGAAAUCCUGCAAACCAAAUGGCAAGAGUAAUCCAUACUGUGAAAUAACGAUGGGAUAUCAGUGUUUCACAACAAGGACGUUGACUGACACAUUAAACCCUAAAUGGAACUUUAACUGCCAGUUUUUUGUCAAGGACAUUUACCAGGAUGUACUGUGUAUCACUGUCUAUGAAAGAGAACUGUUUUCACCAGAUGAUUUCCUUGGACGCACAGAGGUUCCAGUAGCGACAAUCAAAAAAGAGCAAGAAACCAAGGGGCCAACCACAAAACGCUUCCUUCUGCACGAAGUGCCAACAGGAGAAGUCUGGGCCCGCCUUGACCUGCAGUUGUAUGAGCAGAAGACCCUACUCUAAAGCUGGGAUCUGUGAACGAUCGCUAUCAUCAACUGCAAAAUGUAAAUGUGCAAAUAACUGAGACUGCUCCCAGAACUGCAUCCCAGAAGGACACUCGACAUAAUCCUCUUCUGCCAGACGAUGGUGAUCACCUCACUGUUAAAUGCAAUGUACCUAUGCAAUAUAACCAGUGACUACUGACUUGUGGAAGAGAAGGGCUGUACCCCACGUACACAGAUUGAUUUGUCCGUGACUUGCCAAUUAUGUUUAUAUAUCCAGGCCAUAAAAAGGGUAUUUAGCACUAUGUGUAAAAUUACCUUAGCACUUUCAAAAUGUUUUAUUUUAUAUAUGACUGAGCAAUUAUUCAUAUAAAAAAUAUAUAUUAAAAAAAAAAACUAUGGGUUUGGGCAGGGUAAUGAUUAUUUUGUCGAGACUGUUUCACUGGAUUCAUAUGAUCUCAGGAUUUUUGAUUAGACGAUUUGCAAGUGACUCUUUUGGUGAUCUCAUUGAAUCAAGAACUAUAAUUAUAUUUUUCCUGCACUGAAUAAGGGGAGUUUAUUUGGAAUUAUGGUUAUUUUCUUUAGAAACUGUUUAUCCUGAGAUUAUUGCUAAUAUUAAAUAUAAAGCAAUAUUUUUUUCCUCUUUUAAAUAUUGUGUUCUAUAUUUCUUCGAGAGAAAUAGAAGUAUAUUUUUGAAGAUAUUUUUUCUUUCUCUAAAAUGUGUGUGUGAGUGUGUGUAUGUAGCAACUUUCCCCAUCAACAAAAGUUUGUUCACUGUAAAUACAUUAGAAUUGCCACCAUAAAACAAGAAAUAAGUAACUUUAUAUACUGUAUUGUUUUAAUCAAUCUUUACUUUUUUGUUGAAGCAGGUUUUUUGUUUGUUUUAGAAGCAUAAAGAUACAAUUCAAUGAGUGA